GAUUUGGCUGUCAAGGGUUUAACCCCACAAAACUACAAUUCCCAAAGCAAGGGAGCAUUUUACCCAGCGGGUUUGUGAAUGGAGAAUCCUGCAAGAUGGCGACUAAUGCAACUGCUACAAACUUACCAUCUUUUGAUUGUCCAACAUGGGCAGGCAAGCCCCCUCCAGGACUCCAUUUGGACGUGAUGAAAGGUGACAAAAUGGUCGAGAAACUGAUCAUUGACGAGAAGAAGUACUACUUAUUCGGGAGGAACCCGGACAUGUGUGAUUUCACCAUCGACCACCAGUCAUGUUCACGCGUGCAUGCGGCCCUGGUCUACCACAAGCACCUGAAGAGGGUGUUCCUUAUCGAUAACAACAGCACGCAUGGUACCUUCCUGGGACACAUCCGCCUGGAGCCCAAUAAGCCUCAGCAGGUCCCCAUAGACUCCACCAUGUCGUUUGGGGCGUCCACGCGAGCCUACACCAUCCGGGAGAAACCUCAGAGCCAGCAAGGAACCAACUCCGCCACGGGGGACAGCAAGGCCGGAGAGGACGAGGAGGGGUCUAAGGGUCUCUUAGGAUUACCAGAGGAGGAGACCGAGCUAGAGAACCUGACGGAGUUCAACACGGCCCACAACAAGCGCAUUUCCACCCUGACCAUCGAGGAGGGCAACCUAGAUAUCCAGAGACCCAAGAGGAAGAGGCGGAACUCAAGAGUCACCUUCAACGAGGACGAUGAGGUCAUCAACCCGGAGGACAUUGACCCCUCAGUUGGGCGCUUCAGGAACAUGGUGCAGACUGCUGUCGUCCCUAUAAAGAAACAGAAAAUGGAGAGGCACGGCUCACUUAGUAUGGAUGACGUUGUGACAAGGCGCAUCCACAACUACACCUUCGGCGGCGGCCUUUACGGGGACCUGCCACCCACUAGCCACGAGGGCCACCCUGCCGGGCCCCUGAGCGGAGCCACUAUCCUGGGCGGUCUCCCUCUGCCCUUCCCCAACCCGGCCCCAGAGGUGAACCUGGCCCCGGACGCCCCCCAGCCACCUGUCACCCUCAACCCUGUCCCUGUCACAGGCCCCUAUCCCUCCGAGGUCCUCAACGAGCCCCGCAAGAAAAAGUAUGCCAAAGAGGCAUGGCCAGGCAAGAAGCCCACCCCCUCCCUACUAAUCUAACCCUCUCCCUACGCUACGUCUCUUUCUCAAUUCGUCUUUCCUCUAUUCCUUGUGUCCUCUCUCAUGCAUGGGAGAUGAUCCAAGGUGUUUCCUCUUGGAUCUCUUCCAAUGUAUUUUGAGUCUGAGGCGAGAGGACACGAAGAAUCCAGGAAAGCCAAAUUGGGAAAGAGCCUAUGUGGUGGAGGCAGGGCUGACUCUCAGGGUAUGGGCGGAGACAUCAGGGACCAUGACCCGUUGGAGGCGGAUCGAUUUUUACUUCUAAAACUGUUUUGGGGUCUUUAUAGUUUUGUCAAUGUUUUCUACGUUACUUCCUCGUUCUCCUAAAGAGUAUCCCAAAGACUUGAGUAGUACAUUCCAUGAAGACAGAAACACCACUCCUUCGGGAGCUGAAUGUUUGAUGCGUUUUACAAAUUAAGUCCUAUAUAUAAAAAAUAAAAGGCAGUUCUUGGCAGACCAAGUCAGUUGGUCAAGUAAGAGUAACUUGUGGCAUAAA